CUGUGUGGCAUGCAUCAAGACGCAGUUAACAAUGCCGAGGCAACAAUUGAGCUAAAAACAACACAUAGGAAAACAGAAGAGGCGAAAACAAUGCAAAGGCGGCACUUCAAUCAGGGCUGCGCUCUCCGUGCUGUCCGAUGAACCCGACCCCCUCUCCACAGGCCUUCAGUGUUGUUUUCCAGCUUUAAAAAUGACCCACAUUUUCACAUUGUGCCCCCUCCUCCACCAUUUCCUCUCUCUCGGCCUGUGCCAAAAGGUUCCUCUGCACAUGGCGGCCAGGCUUCCUGUAGGCCACUGACAAAGCACGGCGCUGACGUGCGAGGCCCGAAGACAAUGCUCAACUCUUCUAAACAAACACGCUCUUGCUCAGCAGUGGUCGCGUCGCACGUGCACGCGCCUAAUGCGAGCAGCAGACGUGAACAACAGGUCGGGUGUUUUUCCUCGCUGGUGCACGAGAUGAAAGUGCCAUUUCGAAGGUGCCGAACACAGGAAGACGGACUGAAAUCUCGAUUACACCCCUCCCCCUCCCACAACCCCGAUCCUAACGACAAAUAAAGCUGUGGUUAACGUGGCUGAUGUGUUUUUGACUGCCUGCACACCAUUUCUAAACAUUUCUACUUGCCAUAUCUCUCCUGAGUGUUUAGACAAAAACAUGAGUACAAAGUUUCGGUCAACUACAGGGGAAAUACCACUGAAAUCUGAGUAAAGAGCUCGGUCUGAAUUCAAGGACACUGCUAAAAAGAUGAAGCUCUGUCCGUGGUGAGCGAGGACCAGCCCAUGUUUGAGCCGCCCUACCCAGCAGCCCCGGCCAUGCACAUGAAGGUCGAGAUGACGUCACCAGGAGUUUACGGCCAGGCCUCCAAGCAGAGCCCCGAGGCCGCCGAGCCGGAGUGGGUGGGGUCAGCGGCGCAGAACCCUGGGAAAAGAGGCGAACACGUCAACGGGACCAGCCGUGAGUCCCCGGUGGACUGCAGCGUCACCAAACGCUCCAGACACAUGAGCAGUGACGGGGGCCCGAUGCCGUACCAGGCCUCGUACGUGGAGCCUCGUGCCAGCCCCCAGACCACCACCCCGCCCAGCAGCACCACAGAGGAGAAGAGGGUCAUCGUGCCAGCAGAUCCGGAGGUGUGGACACAGGACCACGUGCGACAGUGGCUGGACUGGGCCAUCAAGGAGUACGUCCUGGAGGAGGUGGACGUCAUGCUCUUCCAGGCCCUGGACGGCAAGGCCCUGUGCAAGAUGACCAAGGACGACAUGAUGCGUCUGACGUCGGCCUACAACGCAGACAUGCUGCUGUCGCACCUCAAUUACCUCCGGCAGAGUAGCCCGACUUUCUCCUACCCCACAACUCCCACCAACAACACCCCCCCACAGCAACCCAGACUACAGGUGAAAGCAGAAAGCGGUUUUGAUGAGAUCAGCCGCAGAAACAGCUGGCCAGCAAACACCAUGACAGCAGUGCCUAAAGGUUCCUCCAUGGAGCACCAGCACGGCACAAGAGUUACAGACCCAGCUCCAAGAAUCGUGCAAGACCCAUAUCAGACACUAGGGCCCAUCAGCAGUAGACUAGCCAACCCAGAAGGCCAAGCCCUCAGCUCAUCCAAGAACCGAACGGCCAAACAAAGUCCGUACAAGCUCCCUGACCCCAGCGCUCACAGGCCUGUGGGUUCAGGGCAGAUCCAGUUGUGGCAGUUCCUGCUGGAGCUGCUGUCCGACAGCAACAACGCAGGCAUCAUCACCUGGGAGGGCACCAACGGCGAGUUCAAGAUGACCGACCCCGACGAGGUGGCCAAGCGCUGGGGCGAGCGCAAGAGCAAGCCCAACAUGAACUACGACAAGCUGAGCCGCGCCCUGCGCUACUACUACGACAAGAACAUCAUGACCAAGGUGCACGGCAAGCGCUACGCCUACAAGUUCGACUUCCAGGGCAUCUCGCAGGCGCACCAGAACCACGGGGCCGACAGCGGGAUUAAGUACCAGACUGAGAUGUCUUACGUCCAGCCCUACCACAGCCACCAGCCCAAAAUGAACUUCAUGGGGGGACACCCUGCACCUAUGCCUGUCUCCCCAGGCAACUUUUUUGCCCCCCCUUCCACAUACUGGAACUCCCCCAACAGCCCCAUCUAUCCUGGGUCAGCCAUGACCAGACAUCCCGCCACCCACUCCCACCUGAGCUCGUACUACUGAGGACAGGGGGGGUUUCACACCUGACAGGGACAACAUGGCAGAGGACAACACAUGCACGUCUUCCAGGAUGAGCCGAACCCCGUCUGAAAUGAAGGUGAUAUGACGCUGCGGUCCGCUUGAUGAGGGCAUUAGAAAGUUGUCUUUGUCACACUCUAUGUUGAAAAUGGGCAAAACACGAAGGGUAAAUUAAUUCUGUGAUGAAUGUAAAGGAUUAAUAUCGUACUCCUCGCCGAGUUUUCUUUUCGGAAUACACUGAAGACAAUAUAUUAACGGUUAUACAGUUGUUAUGAUACCAAGUUUCUUUUUUAUUUGUACAUUGAUAGUAAACUGUUGUAAAGACACAAGUCGAACCCUUUACUGUGUGAGUAGCACAAUGGAUAGCAUACCUGCAGUUUUCACAUUCAAUGUGACUGACAUUUGUAAAAGAGAAGUUGUACAGAAUGAUUCUCAUGUAGCGAUGUAACAUUUACUCUUGAUGUAAAGCUAAUAAAUAAUGCUUGUACUUGGAA